AUGAAGGGACUUAAUAUCGCAUCGGCAUCGGCGUGGGCGAGGGCGAGACCGUGGACUUGUGGGAGAUGUGUACAGAGAGGGACUAGGAAAUCUUGGGUGCAGACCGCGACGUAUUCGACGGGGAAGAGAGGAGGAAAUGGUUAUGGUUAUGGAUAUCAGCAGAAUGGAAGGGGAAAUAAAGUUAUCAUGGCUUCUGCCGUGGGGGGCGUGGCAGCAACGGGACUUGCUUUCACGGAUGAUAUAAGGCAUGCGUAUGAAGCGGUUGAGAGGACGGGGAGAGUGGUCAGUACGCUGUUUGUUUGUAUCAAUGAUUAUCGAGUUACGUUGAAUCAUAAUGAGAAGAUUGAAGAUCAGGCAGAACAGGAUAGAAGAUUGAAAGAUUGUCAUCAGAGAUGUGCGGACCGAACAUUGAGAGUCUUGGAGAAGAAUGGGAGUAUAUUUAUAAAACUCGGGCAACAUUUGAGUGCUAUGAAUUAUCUUCUACCGUUAGAAUGGACGACCACGUUUAUACCCUUGCAGGAUAAAUGUCCUGUUUCAUCCUUGGAGUCGAUAGAGAAUAUGUUUAUGAUGGAUACCGACGAACAACUUUCAGAUUACUUUUCAGAAUUUGCACCUCUACCGAUAGGGGCAGCAUCUUUAGCUCAAGUACAUCUAGCUACUGUCAAGGAAACGGGACAAAAGGUUGCGGUAAAGGUUCAACAUCCAAACUUGGCGGAAUGGGCGGCUCUUGAUCUGGCAUUAACUAGCUUCACAUUCGCGACGCUGAAGAGAUUCUUCCCAGAGUAUGAUCUAGAAUGGCUAUCAUCGGAAAUGGAGAUUUCAUUGCCAAUCGAACUGGACUUUACUGAAGAGGGAAAGAAUGCUUUGCGGACAAAAGAUUACUUCUCACGGAUACCGGAACUACCAUUGAUUAUACCUGAUGUUUUAUGGGCAAAGAAACGUAUAUUGGUUAUGGAGAAUGUUGCAGGACACCGAUUGGAUGAUCUCGAAUUUCUUGAUUCUAAUGGUAUCGAUCGCGACGAAGUUUCCGCUGCCCUCGCCCGUAUCUUCAACGAAAUGAUCUUUGGCAACAAUGCUCCUCUACAUUGUGAUCCUCACGGGGGCAAUCUCGCUAUUCGUAAAAAUAACAAUCGCCGUGGCGCCAAUUUCGAUGUCAUUCUUUACGACCAUGGUCUGUACCGUGAUAUACCUCUCGAACUCCGUCGCUCUUACGCAAAACUCUGGCUAGCAGUAAUUGACGCCAAUGAACCCCGUAUGCGCAAAUACGCUAAAGAAGUGGCUGGUGUAACUGAUGAACAAUUUCCCCUAUUCGCCUCGGCUAUUACGGGUCGCGAUUACACCAUCCUAACAAAAGAUGUAGCGCUCGAGCGAUCUGAAGAAGAGAAGAAAAACAUUAAUGAUGCAUUGGGUGAAGGAAUGCUUCAACAACUUGUACAAAUGUUAGGACAGGUUCCGCGAAUUAUUUUGUUGAUAUUAAAAACGAAUGACUUGACGAGGAGUUUGGAUGAGAAUUUACAUACGCGACAGGGACCUGUGAGGACUUUCUUGAUUCUAGCGAGAUAUUGUACAAGAACGGUGUUUGAGGAACAGCUGGAACAGAUAAAAGCGAGGGGUAGUCUUUUGUGGCCGACGAACGGAUUUAGAUUGUUGGUGGCGUGGUUGGGAUACGUGAGGGUGGGGUUGAAAUUGGAAGCAUUCGAGGUUUGGUUGAGAGUCAAGAGAAUCAUGGGGACAGCAUGA